ACACUCAAAUAUUAGAAGGAAGAAUGCAAAAAAAAUCGAAAUUAGGUUAACAUUUGAAUUUACUCUUCCCCUCCAUUUGAGUUCUCUUUUCCGUCUCUCUCUCUCUCCCUCAAUCUUGUAUUCUUCUUCAGCCCAACCACCGCCGUGCUCCUCUACACCCAUCUGCUCGCCGCCGUUCACAUUAAGCGCCAACGUGGUCGCCGCCGGUAAUUUUCUUUCUAUAUUUCUCUCUUCAAUCUCUCUCUAACCACGCACAAUAACCUUCCGGUCACCGUCGAACGACCAGUGCCGCUAUCUCUGGAAUCGGAGUUCUUGCCAGUACGUGGAACUCUCUUUGUGAAUGGAGCAGAGAUUAGCCAAUACGUGGCGUCUCUCUGCAAAUGAAAAAAAGUUCAUUGAAACAGCCCUUCUUUCCGAUUUGAGGGUCGAUGGUCGUGGCCCUUUUGACUACCGGAAUCUCACCAUCAACUUUGGCAAGGAUGAUGGUUCUUCAGAGGUGCAGCUUGGCCAAACUCACGUAAUGGGCUUUGUGACUGCUCAACUAGUUCAACCGUAUAGGGAUCGUCCUAAUGAGGGCACUCUUUCUAUAUAUACUGAGUUUUCUCCUAUGGCUGAUCCAUCAUUUGAACCUGGCCGUCCGGGAGAGUCUGCUGUUGAGUUAGGGCGUGUAAUAGACCGUGGUCUACGGGAGAGUAGGGCAGUGGAUACGGAAUCACUCUGUGUUGUUUCUGGCAAAUCUGUGUGGGCCAUUCGAGUUGAUCUUCACAUUUUAGAUAAUGGGGGAAACCUUGUGGAUGCAGCUAAUGUUGCUGCUUUGGCUGCUUUAUCAACUUUUCGAAGACCAGAGUGUUCAUUGAGUGGAGAUGAUGGUCAGGAAGUGAUAGUUCAUCCCCCUGAGGUUAGGGAGCCACUUCCGUUGAUCAUACAUCAUCUCCCUAUUGCAGUAACCUUUGCAUUUUUUCGUAGCGAGAGCAUUCUGGUGAUAGAUCCAACUCACUGUGAAGAGGCUGUUAUGGGAGGAAGAAUGACUGUCACACUUAAUGCUAAUAAUGAUGUUUGCGCUAUUCAAAAAGCAGGAGGCGAAGGUGUACUUAAGAGUGUGAUCAUGCAAUGUCUGCGAAUUGCUUCUGUCAAAGCUGGUGAUAUCACAACUAAAAUAAAAAAUGCAGUUGAGACUUACAGUUCAGCUAGACAAUUGCGGAAGAUUAAGCGUCACCCUUCUGUUAAUUUGGAUGUUGGAGGAGGUACUGGUAGUCUGAAGGAUAGCCAAGGCAUAUCUGAUGGUCAAAAGAGUAUCAAUGAUCAGGAGAGUGUCGUCAGCCAAAGCGGGAGUAUCAAGAAUGAUGCAUCAACAAAUCAAGGACAAUUAGACAAGAGAGAUUCUGAUGCCAAGAAUUUCAUUGGGGGCCCUUCGUGCUGGGACCCACACUCCAAAGGUGCUGAUUCAGAUUUUUUGAAAGCUACUUUAGCUUCACGUGGAAAUCUAACCGCAACGAAGAAAGAGGACUUGAGUGAUGAAAUGAUGUCCUCUGAGUCUAUGGUUGAUGAACAAGAAGCCAAAGUCGAUGAGGUGAAUUUGUCUCCUGUUGCUGCAAAAACUUUGUCAGAAGAAAAUGGGAAGAAGACGUUGAAAGAUGCGGUGAAGCCAAAGAAUAAGAGGAAAAAGAAGAAGACCACCACCCCUAUCGAUGUGGAUUAGUUCACUGGUGACGUAAUCUUUUGAAAUAUACAAAUUUUGAAGCUCAACUUCAAAGUACAUAGAAGGGAGGGAUCAAUUGAAGCAAAAAGAAGCAUCGUGAAGGUUCAUGCCAGGUUUCAUCAAUGCUCGUCAAAGAAAUUCCAAGCUUGAGAUUGUUGAGAUCUAAUGAAAUCUGGAUUAGAAUGAACUUUAAUCACUGAGAAAUCUAUGAUAUGAUGAUGCUGUUGAAAAGGCUAUUGUACUACGGAUAUGCAAUUUCAGGAUCUCUUUAUUUAGAGUAGCAUAGAGCAUUUAGUUUCAACAAAAUAUUAGAAAAGGCUUAGAUUUUUUUUUUAAAGCUAUUAUUAUUAUUUUUAAAUUUUGGAUUUUGUUUGAAGUAUUGUUUUCUUAACCCUUUUUAUCAUAUUAUAUUGAUUGUAAAAGUGCUUCAGAUAUUUUAGGGAAGAAUAAUGGUAGUCAUUAAAUUCUCUCCACAUAGAUGGAGUUCACUCGCAACUUUCAAUGAUAUUUGUAAGACAAUCAAUCAAAAAGCUUGAAACUUGAAAGUAUUA